CUGACGUACAUAGUUCGUGGUAAGAGAAGGCGUGCACUGUGCACAUACACUGCAGCCGUUUGCCGAUGUGUCAAUUUGACUCUGUCAAAUGAUAUUGAAGUUGUUAUUAUCAUUAUAUGUUUGUCAGAAUAUUAUUAUAUCUUCAAACAUGGUAAAAAGAAAUGUGAGCCGAUAAGAACGCUAGGCGCUUUUUUCUACGUAUCGCACCGAGCCGCUACAAGCAUUUGCCAUGACAACACCCAUGUGUGAAGAUGGUGGCCCCUUAAGAGAGUGGGCACCCCUUGCUUUACUCCUUCAACAAAUACCUGCCAAGAUUCAAAAUGGGUUAUUUAUGCAUAAUAUUAAUUUCACAUGUAUUGAUGCGCUACCUGAAUUUAUUGCCAUCGGUACAAACCAUGGAAUGGUUUAUUGGUUUAACCGGGAGAAGCAAGAUCUUCAAAGACUUCAAUGCGAGAAUGUAAACUCAAAAAUCACUUGUAUACAAGUAAUAUCAACUGUGGACUACAUGGUUGCUGCUGGUAACGAACACGGUGUUGUAACAGUAUUUCAAAUACCCAAAAAUCCUCCAGACUCAUUACCAGAUAGCUUGAAACCAAAGCAAAAGAAACAAGUGGAAAGAUAUAGUAUUAGUGGUUUGCACAACAGUGCAGUAACAACAGUUGAAUGGUCCAAGAAUGGUAUGAAGUUGUUCAGUGGAGAUCAGGAUGGUUUAGUAGUAUUAACUGAAAUUGACUUUUAUAUGCAUUUGUCAAAGUCAUCCGAAUUGCUUAAUGAAAAAUAUGCAGUGGUACAACUGAGCUAUCAACAAGGUUUAUUGUUGGUUUCAACAACACUCCGUACAAUACUAGUAAACAGAAAUGAGAAUGGAAAAGUAACACAAGUUGGCCAAAAAGAGCGUAAAACAUUAGGAAAAUUAGGAGCUGUGUUUGGAUGUCGACAAAAUUAUGUACAGGAUAUAGUAAUCUAUGCAAGCAGGCCUGGGCUACGUUUAUGGCAAGCUGAUAAAACUGGAACUGUGUUGAAAACACUUAUCUUCAAGGACGCUAUUCGAUCCGGUCAUACGGAAGUAGAACUUUUGAAUCCUGCACCAGAGAGUUCUAAAAAGAAUCGUGGAGAACCUACAUUCGGUGUUAUUUUACCUUUUUGUGAUGAUUUGUUAAUCACAUAUAGCGACGACAUUAUAUACGUAGUAAAUCCACAAACAAUUGCUAUAACGUCCAUUGUAACCGAUUUACGACGAGUCACCGAUGUUGCUUGUACUAAAGAUGAAAUAUUCGUCCUGGAGGGAGAAAGGAGUAUUAUACGCAUAGCAUAUUAUCCUGAAACUAAUAUGUUUUCAACGGAAGCAACUAAUUCUUUGGAUCCGCUGUCGUCAUUUGCAGAAAUUAGUAAACCAGUAACUAAUGGUAUUCUAGAAUUAACUUCUAAAUUAAAAGAAAGCGCUAUAGUACCAACUAUUCCCUUUCACAAAAUGAAUCCAGCCAAUAUUAUUCAGUCUGUCGGUAUUGCGCCAGUGAUUACGGCUGAGACUGAUACAACUUCAAUAGCGGAAGAGGCUGUAGAAAUGCCAACAAAUAUAAAUGCCUCUGAUGUAGCAGAUAGCAGCGGUUCAUCAGAGCAGAACGAUGCAUCUAGACGGAACAAUUUUGACCAGCCUGAUAAACUCAAUGAUAGGAGACAGAUAUUUCAAAAGAUUAGUCAACAAGAGUUUGAAGAUGUUGUUUUUACUCCAGAAAGGAAGGCUAAAAAGUUGCGUAAUAAAGUAAUAAAUGGAAACGAGAGUGGUUCGUCCUUCUCUGAUGUUGAUGAUAUAUCGGUCUUGAAUAAAGAUAAAAUAAACGCUAACGAGGCGUUGACAACGCAUUCCUCUUUACUAACGCUCAGUGUUGACGACGAUUUCAUACUGAAGACUGAAAGAAAUCUUGAAUCGAUUCAACGUGAUGUAGAAAAUAAAGAAAAGCUUUUGGCUGAUGUAUUGGAUUUUGAUUUGUCGAAGUAUAUGACGAGUAGUCAAAUUGCUACUACUAACUUGAAUGUUUCUGAAUGUAGUCUUGAUACAAGUACCUAUAUUGAUUGCAAGAUACAUUCCAAUAAUUCUUCGGCUGAAGAACGAAACGAUGAGCAAGAAGUGUACAAUGAACAAAGUGAUCAUACAGAAACUGAAUCCGGUGAUGAGGAUGUCAGUUAUCAAACAGAAUUAAAAAAAUUGGAGGACUUAGGCGAAUGUAGAAAAAAGCUGAUACAAGAAAAAUUAAGCGAUCCGUUAUCAAACAAUGUUUACGUUGACGCGAAAAAAGCACCGCAUGCUGCCGACGUCGAUAGACAUAAACUAGAAGUUCAAUUCCAUAUUUUAUCAAAUGAAACCAUUAUAUCAACAGUUCUAGAGGAGGAAGAUUGGGUACUUGUGAAAAAUGUCACAUCGUAAGUUACGAUGUAGGAUCUAAUAAAAGAAAAAACUAUUCCAUGCACGAA